GUGUCAUCCAAAAUGGUCGAGUGAUGAAUAUGAAUAUUUUUUUUGGUGAAUGGAGAGACCAAUAAAGCUGAAUUAGUAAAAAGCCAGCUAUGCUGCAGGUUGUUGCUUUGCGUCUGCGCUGCAAUUUGCGAGUUGAAGACAGCCCUUCGACGAAAAUCAGAGAGGAUUCUUCGGCAAUUGGAGUUAAAACUCAGUGGAAGACGGAGGUGAAGGAGGUCACGACUGGUGUGAGAGGAAUGCUGAAGAGUGGGAUGAGCCUCAGGUGCAACGACGGCGCAGAUGAGAUUAAGUUGUGCUCUACAUCCACUGAAGGUACUCUGCUAAAGGAGGCUCUGGCAACAAGACAGAUCGUACGGAGUACAGAACGGCUGAGCUGUGAAAGCGUGAGAAUGAACAGUCAAGAAGAGGGAGCAGUAAGGAAAAUGAAGGCAGAAGGUGGGAACUCACAGACAGAUACCCAACAGCCAAGGAGAGCGGGAGCUGCAGCCUGUCCUAUUCCAAGCGAUUUGCGAGAGCAGAGAGGAGUGGAGGAGGACUGCGAGGAGGGCGAUGAAGGAAACAGCGAAUCUUUCUGGAAGGAGCUGCAACUGUACGGUGAGGUUGCGAAAAUGAAGCUGAAUAUUCCAGGCUUGGGGAGGGAGAGGGAGGGUAAAAGUGGUAAGGGUGGGGCUGCGUCCCUGUUGGGUGGGACGGAUUUGGUUGGAGCCAUGCGUAUAGCUGCUGCUGCAUUUGUUGGGGAACAUGAUUUCAGGAAUUUCUGCAAAAUGGACGCUGCGAAUGUGCAUAACUACAGGCGGAAAAUCAUCCAUUUUCACAUCAUGCCCGUGGCAAACCAGGUUGCUGGAUUUGCUGGGAUGCCUGUAUGGGAGAUUGUUGUCCGUGGAACUGCUUUCCUUUGGCAUCAGGUCAGGUGCAUCGUGGCAGUCUUGUUUAUGGUUGGGCGCGGGUGGGAGAAACCGGAGAUUGUGUGUGAUCUCCUCGACUUGGAGAUGUAUCCUCGUAAACCGCAGUAUGUCAUGGCCUCAGAGGCCCCAUUGCUGCUUCAUCAUUGCGCAUUCUCCGACGUCAACUUCGGUUGCUCAAAAGGUGCUUGGGAAGCCCUAAGCUCACAUGUCAACAACAUGCUCGGUAGGAUAAUCAUCAAGGCUGCCAUUCUGAAUGAGGUGGCAAGCCACAUCAGCAGCAUUGCACCCCAAGUAAGCAGCCAUGAACAUGGUGCCAAAGGCCAAGGGAAAGCACCAAAGCGUCAUAUCCCUUUGAGGCUUCGCGCAACUGAAAGAUCGUAUCUUGAGCGACAGAGCAGAUGAAAGGCUUGUCAAAAGGAGGAUGAUCAUAUCUUGAAGGUCGUUGCAAAGAGCAGAUGAAGAUGGAAGGUGAGACGACCCUGGGAGGGAGUGCCAAACAAGGGGAGCACAUUCCAAUCCAAUUUGCAAGAGCUCUCAAUUUCUCUAUUUUCCGCCGAGUUGGAAGCGAGUUCAAGGACUGAACCAACACGACUGCAGACAAUGUUUUACCACCAUACUUGCACGCGGACGCUGUCCGGGCGGUUCCGCAUGUGCGGCAGACCGCCGGACCGGACCCGCGCGGCGCACGAAUGUGCGCCCGACG